AUGCAGGAUUACGACUCUCGAAUCAUGAUGUUGAUGGCAUGUGACACGUUGUGUUGUGCCGUGGGCUGUGCGGCGGCUAUCGUGCUCGGGGGUCGCCUGCUCUGCAAGAUUCGAUGGCAGCGCCCCGCCGUUCGUCCCGUGAUCGCGGCAAUGGCCGCUCCAUCUUGCACUCUUGCCCGCGCCCUGGCCCCUGCGACCUGGGCCAACCCCACCGUGACGCAUCGCCUCGACGACUGGUUCCUCGAGUCGCUCUUGCUCGCAUCCGGUAUGUUCUCUCUCCACCCGCUCCUACGCCCAUGCUCUUGCUUCUUACUCUGUCGCAACGCUGAUGCGUUCGGUUGACUCAAUGCGGACUCGGCCGCUGACUCCCGCCCCCGCUCCUUUUCCCCAAACCCCCAACCCCCCUCCCUGCCCCCGCUGCAUACAACGACCCCUCGAUCUUGGCCUUGCUUGCACCUCCCCAGUCGAUACAUCACUCGCCCUCUUCUCCUUAAAUGUCGUCCACAAUGCGUGCUUUGGUUUGAAACGGAUCACGGUGAUCUUGUCGAUGUUUGCCAUAGGAUGUGAGCCCCUGACACCCCGCCUCCGCCGUCUCAGAUCCGGCCUCGUGACCACAACCCUGAUCCACCGCUUCCGCGCUUUUGCCAGCUGUUGCGGCAUCUCGUGUGUCGCCUCUCGCGGUCCACUUGUCGUACCCUUUCAACACUGCCUCCGUCCUGCAUAUCCUUUCACACAUCGCCUUCGGUUUAGUUGGGGCUCUGUUCUUGCGAUUGGCGCACGCCGCGGGUCUCGACAACUACAAAGCUGCGGAACGGAUUGUGAGUCUAGGUGCUUGGUUGACUUGGACCUAGGAGUGGAGCUGACCCACACCAGUGCAAUCAAUGGCCCAGGGUCCAAGCGUGCGGCCAGCCGGCACUGCUGUUAACCCCUGCCAACAUCAUUCGCCUCGCGCACCGCAAGGAGAUCAACCUUCAGCACGCGAUGGUAUCAACCUCGGUAUACAUCGCGCAGCAUUAGUCAGUUAUAUGGUACAUUCCCCUGAAGUUCUGGAGGACGCGGCAGACUGACUCUUACCUGUCGCUUGGUCAUCACAGCGAAAUGUCUCGAACCGGCAAUUUGUCAAGGUCGCACCGUUCGUCGCCGCGUUGCACUGCUCGAAACACCUGCAACCUGGACUGCUCAGCUCCAUCGUACAAUGCAUUCCCUUUGUGAACGUCCACUCCAUCACGAACUCAGCCCUCGAUGGUUCAGUCCACCUCGUCGCAUCAGCAGGCGUGUACGCGCUGAGAUGGGCGGUCCGCAACGUGCUCGUGAUCACCCGUACGUGCCAGCUCUAGUCUCCUCGCACGAUGAGCCUUGGCAUCGUCUAAUUACUCAAAUUGCCACGUCUUUCGUACCAUUCUCAACUACAGUGUCUUUUGUCCUAGUCUCCAAGCUCCGAUGGCCGACGUUCAAUCUCGUGCCGUUGCGACUCUUGAGCCGUUCCAUCCGGCGAAUCUCGGCGCAGGGACAUCAGAAUGCUACUGACGCGCACACGGGCGUCAACCACGCUGAGAGUGAUGAAAUUCCGCAGCCUUCCGUUGAACGCAUGGAUGUACCCGACGGUCAUGGUGGGGAGCGCGGUGCCCCGCUCGUUGCCGAGCCCUCGAACCGAUCUCGAUCACCUACCGUUACAACUCAGCCUUAUCCUCUGAAUUCUACGUCUCCCGCUCAAGUCGUGUUCCCUGCAGCUGCAGCUUCUCAUGGCGAAUCGCAACAGCAACCAGUGGAGGAGCCCGCAGCCUCAAUCGAGGCUGAGUGCAACGUACCAUCGUCCUCAAACGGUCCAUACUGGCACACCCUCGAGACGAGUUCCAAGAAGCAGAGCCAUCCUUCUGGGUCCGGCUGGCGUCGACGACGAGUUCGCAUGCGUACAUCCCUCGGCACGAUCCUCACCACCUUCUCACCCAAGCAUCGAGAACACUCUUCUCCCGUCACUGAAACCCGCUCUGCAUCAUCGAGUCAAGUCGAUCCGGUGGAUGUGCGCCGUGUCCUCGACGAACAUGAUGCCUCGCCCAAGCCUUCCCAGACGACGGCCCCGAACGGUCGCGCCGAGAGGAGCCCCCAGGUUAUCGAUCGAGCUACCAUUCAAGUCGCCGAGCCAGAGGUAUCACCUUCCAUGCCAGCCAUGACGACGGAGGCGAUCGAGCCCUCCUCGACGCCCCGUGAGGCCAGAAAGUCCGUCUUCAUUGAGCAGCUCGGUACUUCACCUCAGAACCCUAUCCCGGAAGUGACAUUGGCCGAUACCUCAAGCCCCUUCGAACCCGAUUCAGAGCUCAACGAUCGACCGAACUCGCGUUGGCUGCUGCCUCCGUUGACGUCGCGUUCACUCACUGCACCUACGACCCCUCCUUCGCCUCCGAUCGCUGAACGCCUUACUCGUGCGGCGAGCAUGGAGGCGAUGCAUCAGAUCACGCGCAGUUUGCUUUGCACGCCUCGAACUCCUCGUUCCGAAAACGGCAAUCACAACAGAACCGGUCGUUUUAGCUCCAUUGCUUCGCGCAUGGGUGUCCCCAGCCAUGAAUCCCCCGCGACACCCACUUCGCCGUCGGGAUCAACUUCACCCUCCUCACCGACAUCACCGCCUUCAUCGCCUACCUCGCUUACUCCUCCUAGAACGCCCGAGACCCCCAAUUCCUCAAUACCCGCUUCGCCAUCGACCCCUCCCUCACGAUCGCGUUCUUCGCAACCAUACUCGACCCCUCAACGAGUCAUCUCGGCGUCAAAGCGUCUGCAUCGCCAGGCCAAGGACAUCGUGGUACCCAACUCCCGAGAUAGUGUGCACUCGAGCUCAGAGCUCAGCUUCCAUUGUGCCGGAGAUAGCGAGGUGCUCGAGAUUCUGGUGACGACGACGCGCACUCAAGUGACCGAAGAGGACGGACAAGUGGGAUCGCCGACGUCCGAAUCGACUGCGGACGGUGGUGCCCAAGUCGCCGAAUCUUCUCAUGCCCCAUCAGAGAAGGUCCCGGGUGGCAUCGUCGCGCGUGCUCGAACGAUGAUCACGAAGAAGACGAAGUGGUGGAACAACCCCAUUUCCUCGACUCGAAUGCGGAGUCGCAGCAUCUUCCACAAGGCGAUCAAGUCGCCGCUCGCGAGAAGCAAGAGAUACCCAGCCCCUGUCAACACCUCCCAGCUCGACCUCUUUUCGCCGAGGCCCCCGAGUAUUCAGGAUCCCAACGAUACCACCACGUUCGCUUUGGGCUCUCCCAUUUCCGACUCUUUCUGGCGUCCAGAGAGUACACAACGCUCUCGCUCGGAACCUCCUUCUCUCCGCGAGCCAUCACGACCUAAACCUUCGCGCGCGAGGAUCGCGGAGGAACGUCCUUCGUUGUUUUUACUUUCCCUUGAAGACCAUCAGGCUUCUCCAGGUGAGUCACAUGUGCAGCCUUUUGAAGUUAAUUUUGAAGAGUGUGCGGCCGAAGUAAGUGAAACACCUCCUUCAAGCUUCUGCCUCGCAGACACGCCCGAGCUCGUCGAUUUGUGGAAGGACGUGAUGGAGUGGAAGCGCACUUAUCAUGGCCACGGCGAUUCAUGUGAAGAGCUUCGUUCGGACGGCUCUUCGUUCCCUUCCGUUUGUGAGCAAUACCCCGACUUCCCUCAAGUACCCUCAAGAGGGUUGCGAUCGACAUCUACGUUCAUUUGA